UUCCACUGCUGCCUGGCAGAGAAACUUAUAACGACAAACAAACAGUUUGAAAUUAGCCUUAAUUAGAUAAGGAACGAAUCUUAAAUUAGACUUAGCGCGUACACCAAUGAAAUUGAUAAUGCUUUAAACGUACAGAAUCGAAACAGCCAGCAUGAGCCAAAGUCAAAGUUAACCAAUAGCUGGAACUACCGCACAUAGCCCACAUACAGCUUGCAGAGAUUUGCCACCAACGAACCAAACAGAUCAGGAAUACCAAAGCAGAGUUGCCUUAGGAACUUAGCUUUAACAGCCACCACAGCCACGCGAACCGGAAGCCCACAACCGAUCCCGAUCGAGUCCCAAUCGCAAUGUCCGCGACAGCCACGUCGAAGAAGCGCCCGUCGCACGCCUCCGCCGGCGAGGAGGGACAGAUGACCCCCAAAAAGACGGCCCUGAUCAUCGUGACCGUCAUCGGAUGCAUCGCCAUUCUAUGGCCAAAAGUGUUUCACCCCAUGAUGUUCGGCGGUGUUCCGCCAGCACCAACCAAGCAGAAUUUUAAGGAUCAGCGUGGACCGGGAGGCUGUUGUGACGUCGUUCUUGACAGGGAGGAGUUCGUAAAUAUCUCGAAGAAGGACAGUAUUGAGCCCUUUGGCCCGCAUUUGUAUCGAAAACAGAUCAACGUCUAUACGGGGGAAAUUAGCCUGCGCCAGGAACGUCCAGCCCACCUGCAUCCGGAAUCCAUAUAUCAGGCCAUGCGUGAACGUGGACGCGCCAUUCCUGCCACGCCCACGGUACCGAUCCUGGAGCGGAAGAGCUCGCCGAGCAAUCCGCCUCCGCGCAUCGUCGACGGACGGCCUGGACCCAUUCCUGGAAUGCGCCCGCCCAUGGGAGCCGGAGCACUGCAUCAACCACAACAACGGGGCAGUAGCAUGGGCUUCCUGAUGCCAUUAUAUACUAUAGGAAUCGUUGUAUUCUUCGGCUACACGAUAAUGAAGAUUAUGUUCAAGAAGCAAAUACCGAAUGCUCCUUAUGGACCGGCUCCCUCGGAUCCCGCCUUCCGGCAAGAGGUCUUCGGGCAGCAGAACCACAGUCAGGUGGAGGACUUGGGUGGCAGCAAAUUGGGCUGGCGCGAGCAUCAGACAAGAGGAGGAGGAGCCAGUGUCGCCGCCGUGAAGUCGCCGGCUGCCAAGGAUACCGGCAAGGAGCUCUACAAUGCCAGCCUGUCGGCCACCGAGGUGGCCAGCAGUUUGUCCAGCUCGCUGAAGCAGCACCAGCAGCAGAAGGAGGCCGAGCAGCUGAUGGAGAUCGAGAAGCUGCGCCAGAAGCUCGAGAGCACGGAGCGGGCGAUGGCCAAGCUGGUGGCCGAAAUGAACACCGACCAGUACGAGGCGAAGCAAAACGACAACGAAAAACUAGAGGCGCAGAACCUUUCCAACGGACAUGCAAACACCGACCAGGAUGCGGAGCAGGAGACAGCAACGAAGGGGGCCAGGACGCAGCGGAAGCGUCGGGACCAGAGCGCAGAGCGCGAACUAACGGUACUGGGCAUGGAGUUAACAGCCAGUUGCGAGGGCGGCCACAAGUGGACUGGACGCCCUCCAACGCCUGUUUUCCGAGCACCAAACGAACAUUCCAAAUUGGAAGACGCAAAUCUGCCAGAGCCGCAGUCCAUUUACUUGGAAGGCGCCUUGGCCCACGAGUCUCAGAUUUUGGUAGCCGACUCCCAGAUCAAGCGCGAAGAGGUCUACGACGCCGAGCUUAAUGGAUCGGCCGAGGAACCAGCCGUCAUUCUUAGCAGCAGAAUGACUUUGUCAUUGAUUAAUUUGGACGCAAAUCAACAGAAUGGCAAGCCGGCGGUGGAGAGUCCCCUGGCCGAUGACAUCGAGAUAAUUGGACAUGACGAGCAGUAGACAAAAGUAGUAUGCAUAUGCGAAUAUGUGUACAGAUCGAACUUCUUAGAUUUUGGCAAUAACAAUGACUUGAUUCUAAUGAUACUGUUGCAAGAGCCGAGUGAAAUAUUUAGAAAAUUUCGUUGAACGACGAACAUAACGACUGAUUAAUACGAAACAGAUUUGCCAAUAAUUUGAUAUCUAAUUUGUAUAUACAUAUUGUAUGUUUUGAUAUAUUUGUUUUGUUUUUGAAAACGCCAAAGUUUUUGUCUCCCUUCGAACACAAACACUCUGUCUUUCUGCUCUGUUUAAGAACUCUACUCUUCCCAUUUUGGUCAAACGUAAUCGCCAAUUGCAUGACAAAAAGGUGGCUAAGGUCCUUUCGCGAUUAUUUGUGAUUACUUUUAGUUGCAACUGAGUGAAUAAAACUAGUCUACCAUUAAGUUAAGCGCAUGUGAACCCGCAUUGCCUAUUCUUGUGCACCUUACUCUACGCAUUGAAUCCUCUAGUUACUGGGCAAGGAAAAUAUCCUAAGCAGAACCGAUCGAUCGCACCUUAUUAUUAUUGAAGAACUAAAGUUAGUGCCACUGCGUUUGUGAACCUAGUAUAAUGAAUAAAUUGAAAACCGGACUUGAAACCUAA